GGCGGGGCCUGGUGCGUCACGUGGGCGGUGCGCGCUCUGUGCGGCUGCGCUGACCGGUAGCUGCAGCUGGACCGGUGGCGUUUGGAGGAGACGCGGAUAUACCUCCUCAAGCUUCACAGAAGAAAAAACAGGAAAACAGAAAGAAGUUGUCAUUCUUUGCAUGGUGAAAGCAUCACCUCCAGUCACCAACUUCAGUUUUAAUCAAAUCUAAAUUUGGAUAUUCCGCAAUUCCUUCCUAAAACAGUUCUGUUCCAUGUACAAGAAACUGGAUGGCUUCUACAGGGAGCCAGGCCUCUGAUAUAGACGAGAUUUUUGGAUUCUUCAGUGAUGGCGCACCUCCCACCAAAAAGCCCAGGAAGCUGCUUCCAAGCUUAAAAACCAAGAAGCCUCGGGAGCUGGUGCUGGUCAUUGGAACGGGCAUCAGUGCCGCAGUGGCCCCUCAGGUUCCAGCCCUGAAGUCCUGGAAGGGCUUAAUUCAGGCCUUGCUGGAUGCUGCCAUUGAUUUUGAUCUUCUGGAAGAGGAAGAAAGCAAGAAGUUUCAGAAAUGUCUUCAUGAAGACAAGAACCUUGUCCAUGUUGCUCACGACCUUAUUCAGAAGCUCUCUCCUCGAACCAGUAAUGUUCGAUCCACGUUUUUCAAAGACUGUUUAUAUGAAGUAUUUGAUGACCUGGAGUCAAAGAUGGAAGAUUCUGGAAAACAGCUUCUGCAGUCGGUUCUUCAUCUGAUGGAAAAUGGAGCCCUUGUAUUGACUACAAAUUUUGACAAUCUCCUGGAACUGUAUGCAGCAGACCAGGGAAAACAGCUUGAAUCUCUUGACCUGACUGAUGAGAAAAAGGUCCUGGAGUGGGCUCAGGAGAAGCGGAAGCUAAGCGUGUUACACAUCCAUGGAGUCUACACCAACCCUAGUGGCAUUGUGCUGCAUCCCGCUGGGUACCAGAACGUGCUCAGGAACACGGAAGUCAUGAGAGAGAUUCAGAAGCUCUACGAGAACAAGUCCUUCCUCUUCCUGGGCUGUGGCUGGACUGUGGACGACACCACCUUCCAGGCGCUCUUCCUGGAGGCCGUCAAGCAUAAGUCGGACCUGGAACAUUUCAUGCUGGUUCGGAGAGGGGAUGUAGACGAGUUCAAGAAGCUUCGAGAGAACAUGCUGGACAAGGGGAUUAAGGUGAUCUCCUACGGGAAUGACUACGCUGACCUCCCGGAGUAUUUCAAGCGACUGACCUGUGAGAUCUCCAUGAGAGGUAAAGUAGCAGGGAUGGCGCGAGGCCAGCUCAAUGGCUCAUCUGCGGCACACGGUGAAGUGAGAGGCUACAGUACAUGAAUGAGCUCGAGACACACCGUUUUACACCAAGCUGCAAGCCCUGCUCUGGACAACGUUUAACAAGCAAGCCUAAGAGCACCCAGUAUGGCUCCAGAAGUGCCAGUACCGAGGCUGAAGUCUGGGGUAGGCCAGGGGAGAAGUCCAGCUUUUCCUUCAUGCCAGUCAGCCGGUUCUUGCUCUCCGCUUGGAGAGCAGCUGAAGAACACCCAAGUGGCCGUGGAGCCCACAUGCAGACCCCGGGCCUCAGGCUGACGAGCUGGUGUCCACGGCAGACUCACGUGCGACCUCCACCGAUGUUGGCUAUAGCUCUGCAUGAGGGACUUGGGGAGCUCCCAGUCCUGAGUCAGUGGGGCUCUUGUUGCAGUUUUGUACUCUAUACUUGGUUUUUCAAUUAAGCUUAUUGGCUUUUUUAAAACAUGACUUGAAGCUCUAGUUUUCUAGCUUUUACAUUGUACAGUAUUUUACAUAACUGAGUUGUAUUAAAAGCUUGUUCAUUUA